UUUUCUUAGAACGAACUGUACUUCCGGGUAAAACCCGCCUCGAACUUCAUAAACCAUAACAGAAAUCUUUUGCGUUCAGGGCGGAUUUUACCGUAAGUGUUGUCACUAUAAGCUUUUUUAAUCAGCCGAAUCAAAGUUUAGGCUAACUUCAUCCCGACAUGGCUGGUUUACCGCCCGGAGACCCGCAGCUGGUCUCUAUGAUCGUCAGUCAUUUAAAAACACAAGGACUCUUCGACCAGUUCAGGAGGGACUGCCUGGCAGACGUCGAUACAAAGCCAGCUUACUUGAACCUGAAACAAAGAGUGGACAACUUUGUCUCUAAUCACCUCUCCAACCACACAUGGAGCCCUCACUUGAACAAGAACCAGCUGAGAAACAACAUCAGGCAACUCGUGCUGCAAUCCGGCAUGCUGGAGCAGGGAGUGGACAGAAUCGUGGCCCAGGUGGUGGAUCCCAAAAUCAACCAUAUCUUCAGGCCACAGGUGGAGAGGGUGGUCCGAGAGUUUCUGUCGCCCGGCAGCUGCUCAGAGGAGCCACCGGCCCCACCGCCUUUAAUGGAGAUCAAACCAGACAGCAGCGUUCUUGAGCAAGCCCCGUCUUCUGCUCCAGCCACCACGUCAGCCAGCGACGCCAUGUCCAUUCUGGAUACCAUAACAUCUCUUAACCAGGAGGCCAGCGUCAGGGCCAGCUCAGCCACAGAUAAAGGACGCAGAGGCCAAGCUUCAGAUGAGCUCAUGCAGCUGGUGGAGGAGGGCGAGCAGGACAUGAGCAUUGACGAGGAAGGAGACGGCCACUAUGACGGGAGGACACUGGACGAGGCGGAGGAGCUGGCAUCAGAGGUCCAGGCGUUAGAGGUGAAGACAGAGGACACUCAGGAGCAGGUGGACCUGGGGAGAGAGGGAUUGAUAGAGGAGGUGAAGAUGGAGGAGGAGGAGUCGAGAGGCCAGGAGCUGACAGAGGAGGAGAAAGAUAAAGGUGCUGCCAAAGCGACUGGAAAACCAACAGAGGAGAAGCAGGAUGAGGAUCAGCUGAAAUCUACAAGUCAGGCCAAGCAGAAAGCCAGAGAGAGGAUAAAGGAAGAAUACUUUUUGGAGGACUCGGACCUGGACGGCCUGAGCGACAUCACAGUGAGCUCCGUCCACACCAGCGACCUGUCGUCGUUCGAGGAAGAAAGUGAAGAUGAGGAGCAGCCGUCUGAUUCCUCUGAGGAGGGGGAGCUUCCACCAGAUGAUCAAGGUGAAGAAGCAGAAAAGACACAAGGCAGCGGCGAAGCAGGAGAGGAAGAUCGUAAACCUCGCCGCAAGGCCUACGUUCACAAGCCCUUCCUCUACUCCCGUUACUACAGCGACUCGGACGACGAAGUCACAGUGGAGGAGCGUCGGAGAUCUGCGGCAAAGGACAAAGAGGAAAGGCUGCUCAAGAGACAACAGAACAGAGAGCGGAUGGAAGAAAAGCGUAAACAGAAAGCAGUGCAGGCUGAAGAACAAGAUCGUAAAAAGCAAAGGAGUGGGGACUCUGCCGGGCUGGAGGGCCCGAGAGCAAAAGAGGCUCGCAAAGAAAGGAAAGUUCUGGAGAAGAAAAUGGCUCUCAACAGGAAGAGGAAGCUAGACUCAAGGAAAGAGGGAGAUGUUUCCAGCAAAAAGAGAGGAGAUGCAGAAGGGUCCAAGAAAGCGGAGGUAAAAUCUACAUCUUCAAAGACUCCACAGCCGAAACUAAUCAGAAAUCUGUCAGAAUCUACAUCGUCGGACGAGAGGCACAGGAGGAUGAGUGGCAGCGUCUCAGAAGAUUCCAGCGAAGCCAAAAAGCUGUGCGACAAAGGCAGAGCUCACUCCUUCUUCCUGGAGUUGGAACAAGGUUCCCAAGAGGCUCUUAAACAACGUUCAGUUGGGAAAUUUGAUAGGUUGUCCCGCAAAGAACUUCACUCUAAGGAACGCAAAGAGAAAGAGCGCAGCUUGUCAGAUGAACACGCCAAACUCAAACAAAAGCAGGAGAAGAAGUCUGAACAUCAGGCAGAUGAAUCUCAGCAGAAGGAAGGUGCUGCUGGCAAAGUGUUGUCUGAAGAGAAGAAGUUUAAGAUUAAAAGCGAGAAGAAAACCACAAGAGAAGGAAAGCUGUCUGUGUCAGAGGCGCUGGCAGAUGAAAGUCCUAAAGAUGCUGCUGUCAAGAAGACGAAAGCACCGUCGCUAGAGGCUGUCAAAGCAGAGAAGGACAAAAUUAGGGAGAAGGAGAAAGAUAAGGAGAAGAGCAAAGAAAAGGAAAAGGUCAAAGGAGAGAAAAGUUCAGCUAAAGGUGACUUCAAACAGCUGCUUCGUCCUGAUUCUGCCGGCUCCUCUGAGGAUCGGUCUGACAUGGAGCCUGGGAUGGACGGCAGCAAGAAGAAAGAUAAACACUCCAAGGAAGUCCUGAAGAGGUCCAAGAGCCACUCAGAGGACAGACCGGGAGACAAACCCAAAUCUAAAACAGAGAGCAAAGACGGCGAGAAGGAAAAGAUCAAAACAGAUCAAGAUGGCCAGAAAUCAAUAAAGUCCAGCUCUGAAACUGACAAAGAUCCAAAAAGGGUCAAGCCAACAGAAAAAGGAAAAAGCGUGGACAAAUCUAAAACAAAAUCAAAAGAGGAAGCAAAGACUCUAUUAUCAAAGACGGAUAAAGUUCAGAGUUCAGAGGUCAAAAUCACAGGAGGUGCAUCUGUCAGCAAACCAGAGGCAACGAAGGAGAAGAAGAAAGAGGGAAAUGCAAAGGAGCAGCGGAAAGUCUCAGAGGAGCCUCUCCACGAGAAACCAGAAAACAAGAGUGCAAAGAAAAAACUGGAGAAGAAGGAGAAAGUCGCAGACAAGAGAGAUGAUAGUCAAGAAGAGAAGAAAGCACCUAAAGACGACAAACUGGAAAAGUCUGAUAAAUCUUCAAAGUCUUCGGUUUCCUCGCUGAGUCUCGAUGCAGAGGAGCUGCCGAAGAAACGCGCUCUUUUCCAAGACACAAGCACCGACUCCGAUCCCGUCACCACCACCGUCACCACCUCCUUCUCAGACGACACCUGCGACGCUUUGAGCGACAUCACCCCCGAGCCACCUGAGGGUGAGACGGAGUCGCGGCUCAGUGAGAUGCCAGCUGUGCCGGCCGAGGCCGACGCUCUGCUGACUCUCAUGGACGUCUGCACCUCAGCAGAGGCGAGACUUCCGCCUGAGGGCAGUCGAGAGGACGUGGCGGCUGAGAUGACUCUGCAGGAUGCUGAUAUGAAGAUGAAAGAAGCAGCUCUGACUCUGCUCUCCAUGGAUCCUGACAGCACAGUGUCCUCCAGUUUAAUUUGCCAAGAUACGAGGGAAGAGACUGAGGUGACUCAGACUGCGCCACAACCGACGGAAACCACUGCAGCUGAACAAGAAGAGCAACAUCCUCCGAUGGACGUACAAACAGCUGCUGAAACUGAGUUCACAGCCUCUGAGCCGUCACCAGUUACAUCUCAGGAAACUGUUGAGCUUGUUGCUGAAAAAACAAACGAGACAGACGUGACUGACAAUUCAGAGAAGGAAAUGGACGAUGCAAGGGUUGAAAUUUUGGAAACUCCGGCUUCACAGGAGGGUGAGACUGCCUCAGAUGAAGUUCAGGCUCCUGUAAAUGAAGAUGAAGCCAGACGUACAGAAGUCGCUCCUGAAACGGAGCCUGAUGAAAUAACAGCAGCAGAACCAACAGCAGGAACUAGUAAAGAAGCUGCUGAUGAAGUCGUGUGUGAACCAGAGGAAGUCAGAGCAGCUGCAGAGGAAAACGCAGCCUCAGCUGUUUCUGAUGCCACUGAACAAGUCUCAGAAAUGUCCAGUGAACAAGAACAAACCGAGCCAGAUGUUGAAGACACAAAGUCAAGCCCCAAGCAGACAGAAGACGAGGUGGCUGAGGACAACCAGGCCUCGAUGGAAGUAGAUAAUAGUGAAGCAGAGAGUAAAACGAUGGAAGAAAAAAAUGUUGCAGAAGAGACGACGGAUCCACAAACUGUGGAACACAGUGUGCUGGAGAAAACUGAGGAGGUGAAGGAAAGUGAACCUGACAGUCAGUUCAAACUUGUCAAACAAAUCAGUAACGUCUCCAGCACAGACAGCCAGGAAGAUGAGAAGGGAUCGGACAUGUCAGAGAAGGACGAGAAGACGGAAGGAAGAGGAAGACGUAAACGAAAGCUGUCCACUCACAAAGUCGCAGCAGUGAAAGAAUCUGGUGACGAGAAGGAAGAAAUGGAAAGCAAAGAGCAGCCAUCAGCUGAGGAAACGGAUCAGGAGAAGGUGGUGGCAGUCAGGACACCACGUCGGGGUCGAUCAUCCAGAACCAGCGAGGAGUCGGAGAAGGAACCCGAGAAACAGGAGGAGACUCCGAGUCGUGGAGGAAGACGACCGGGAGCCAAAGGAGCCGCUGCCGCCUCAGAUGACCAGAAGAAGGAUGAGAAUAAAGACGAGGAGAACGCAGAAACGUCACCACAGAAACCAGCUGAGAGUGAAGAGACGACUGAAGAGGAAAGUGUGCCAAAGAAAACUGGACGGCGAGGAAGUCAAGUGAGUCUGACGUCUCCUGUUCCAGAGGACACCGAAGCUGCAGGAAGCUCCGACUCCAAAGAGACCAGUGACACACGUACACCAGCAGUGAAGAGGAAGAGGUCAGAGGAGACGGAGGAAGCUGUGGAGGAAACCCAGACUGAAGAGGAAGUAGAGAAGGUCAGCAGUCAACAGGAAGAAAGUGAGCAGCAGCCUGAAAAAGAUAGUGCUUGUUCCCCUUCAGUGAGUCGAGCAGAGGAAGAAGUCAAAGAGGAAAUCAGCAGCGAGAAGAGAACAGAUGAGGUUGAGGAGGAGCAAACCCAAGAGGACCAAGAGACGACUCCAAAGAGAGCCGGUCGGAGGGGACGACCACCGAAGGCAGCAGCAGCAGCAGCAGCAGCCACAGACGAUCCAGACAAAAAGCCUGAAGAAAAAGACAGCGAGCAGCAGAACGAUGAAGAGGAGGAGGAGGAUGAUGCUGAGAGAGAGGGGGAGGAGAAAGGAACUGCAACCAGAGCGACCACACGCUCUGCAUCUCGCCUGGAGGCUGAAAGAAACAAGCCAAGUAAACCAUCCACCCGGGCAAGUCGACAGAACGGUAAAGAGGAGACCGCAGCUGGCACACGUGGGACGAGGGGCCAGGCGGCGGCGGCGGCGGCAGCAGCAGCAGCAGCGGUGGCGAAGGGGGGCCGUAAACGGGAGGCCAGCCCCCCUGCGGUGCGAACGCGGGGAGGACAGAAAUCGGAGGAGCCCCCUUCCAAGAGAGCCAAACGCUGAAACCUCUGGCGGCUGGCGGACUGGUUCGCCCCUGCAGCGUUUUCUCUGCACUCCGUGUCCAAGUCAGUCCUGUUGUCGGGGGUCAGAGAGGCUCUCCGGUCAGUCCGCACGUGAGCCUGUUUCUGCUCCACCGACUGUAGAUAUUAAAAAAAAAAAAAAAGCUCUGGAUAGUAUUAUUCACUUAGCUCUGAUAGCUGAGUGUAAACCUGCGGAUCUGUGCAGGAAUCCCCCCACAGAAUACUUUCUACCGCGCUACGCCCAUAUGGUUUGGAUCAGACUUCAUCAUUCCUGCGUUUGUUCACUAAUGCCCAGCGAACCGGAGUGUUUCAGGCCCAUCAGAGGCCUUAAUGUGCAGACGAGUCGUGCUUCGAGAUAAAGAGGAUGAAUCCAAACUCGGCCUGAGACUGUCAAACCUAGAAAUGUCAAUCUGUGAAUCCAAACACUUGUACAUAGAAGAAGCACUGUGAAGUGUUCAUUGUGAAUUUUAUUCAUUCUGUGAAUGACAGGAGGAGUUUUUCACUGUUUUUUUAAGUUAGUUUUUAUAAAUAUUCAGAGCGUUUGGGAAGUUUGGGGGUAUUUUUUGAUUGAAGUAACGUCAGUAUUACUCAAACACAAGAUAAACAGUCCAUGAACAACACAAAGGAAAUGUUUCUUACUGUCUCAAUAGAUGUAAUCUAGUUAUUUUUGUUGUUUUUUCAGAGUUAACUGUGUAACAUCAGAGGGCUGCAGGGAUGUCGGAUUUUUGUAGGUCAACAAGGAAGUUUGUGUCAGUUUGGUUCCCUCGACAAAACGCCUGUGGGAUUUUUUUUUUCAUUGGAAUUUGUGGCAAACAGAUGUGUGAUACCUCGAUGUUUUGUUCAGCACGAUGAUCCAUUAAAGCAUUAAUGCUUUCGCCAGAAGUCAAAAUCUGAUGUGAGGCUGUAAACAAACUACAGCGCAGUCACUGCUGACAAGUGUCUUACUACAACACUUUACAAUGAAUGGAUAAAUCUGUAAGUUGUGAAGUUAAAGCUGGAAUACUUUACAUUUAAAGACGGACUCAUGAGUAGAUGAGUUUCUGUGUUCAGUGAGUUAAAUGUCCCCCGACAGCUUCUGUUGUCUCAUUUAGCCGCCAGCAACCACUGUUUUUAAAACAAGUAAAAACGUUAAUCGAGGGGGAUUUACUGACACAUUUUGUGUUUCAGAACAAAACGUGAAAAUCUCUUAAAGGUCGGGAAGGAGAUUCUGCAGAAGGAUGAUUGUUUGUUGACUCUCUUUCCCAGAUUGUCAAAUAAAGACGCUUUCGGUCUGAAUUUUGGGCCGAAUACGGACUCAACGGUACAUCGAACGAUCUUCUCUCGUUCUCUACACAAUCGCCUCCCGUACCUUUUUUAAAGCUCUUUUUAAAUUCUCUCAAGCAAAGAUUUUAUUUCAGGCAUUUAACAGAAAAUAUCCAUUCAGAGUUUAGGGAACCAGAAGUGUAAACUCAUUCCUGCAGCACUCCAUGUGUCAGUGUUAAAUGUCUUUCCUACCUGUAAAUUUAGUUUGUUUCUUAAAUGUAAGAAAUGCUGAAAUGUUGUUUCCCUUUUUUUUUAAUCGUUCUUAUUAUCAGAACUUGUUUGUUCUCUUUCAACACAUGUUGCUGCAUCACUAACAACAAAUGAAGCCGCUGCAAAUUGACCUUUUUAUUUUCAGCGUUUUUCAUUUCGAGGCUCACAUUUGACUAAUGUUCACCUAAAAACCCAGCAGAAUACACAGAUUUCUUAUUAAUUGA